UUUUCUCUUUCGAAAAACAAUUUUGGUAUAAUCGACAUUACAUGUUUUAUUUAUAUUAUUUCGAUAUUAACGAUUUCAUUUUCAUGUUUUCAUCUAUUUUUAUUUACAUAAGAUCAAAUUCGAUCAUUCGAUAUCGAUUUAUUCUUAUCGAAUGAUAAUAUAAACGUGUAACGAGUCUUAGUCAUGAAUAUUUCAUGAUUUAUUACAAUUUAUUGAGCUUGUUAGAGUGUUUAAUGAAUGUACUUAAUCAAUCGUAAUCUAUGUGUGCGAUUUACGUGAGUGUAUUCUCAUCUGCAUUAUCCCUUAUACUAUUAUCUUGAAAUUUAUUUUUUCUGAAAUUUUGCAUGAACAUAUUGAAUCUACAUAAAUUAACAGUAUAUUGGAAAUAAAUCAACGGAAUGAAACCAUUUAACAAAAUGAUCUCAAAUCAAUACCUAUAUACAUAUUCGAUUGUUUUACUUAUUUGUAUAAGUCUAACAUUCGCGUAUGCAGAGGAAGAACAAAAUUUGGAAUUAAAAUUAUUGAAUGUGAUAUUUAGGCAUGGAGAUCGAACGCCUGAUGAUAAUAAGCUGGAAAGAUAUCCGAACGAUCCCUAUAUAAAUUAUGACUUCUAUCCGAUGGGUAGAGGACAAUUAACAAAUAAUGGUAUAGUGCGGGAAUUUAAAUUAGGAGAAUUUCUUAGAAAAAGAUAUGAUAACUAUUUUGGUAAGAUAUACACACCAAGUAUAGUCAAAGCUCGAAGUUCGGAUUACGAUAGAACGAAAGCAUCGUUACAACUCGUUCUCGCAGGACUCUUUCCACCUAAAGGUAUUCAAAUAUGGAAUCCUCAAUUGGAAUGGCAACCGAUUCCUUCGGAAUACGUUCCAAAAGUCGAUGAUAAUCUUUUUCUUAGUGACGAUUGUCCUCGAUAUUUGGAAGAAUACGAUAGAGUUUUAGAAUUAUCUGAAUAUAAAAAAGAAUUUGCUGAAUUUGAAGACUUAACUGCAGAACUCACAAAAUUAACAGGAAAAAAUAUUACUACUAGUUUAAAUAUGGCCAAUCUGUAUCAUAGUUUAAUGGCAAUAUAUUCUAUGAAUCUUCCUUUACCUGCAUGGGCAAAGUCCAUAUUUCCAUAUGGUAAACUUUAUAAUGCCACUGUUUUUGCUUAUAAAACAAGCAAUUAUAAUAAAUCAUUAAGAAAAAUUUAUGGAGGAGCCCUUCUUAAAAAAUUUGUAGAAAACAUGAUGGAAUAUGUGAAUGGUACUUUGAAAACAGGAAGGAAAUUGUUUCUAUAUAGUGGUCAUGAAACAAAUAUUGCUAGUUUAUUGUAUACUUUGAAUGCAUAUACACCACAUAUUCCUGCAUAUUCUAGUAGUAUUAUUAUGGAACUUUUAUACAAAGAAGGCAUAUAUUAUGUCAAAGUAUUGCAUUAUCUGGGAAUUCCACCAGAGCUUGAAGUAGUUCAACUUCCAGGUUGUGAGCUCAUAUGUCCAUUAAAUAAAUUUUUACAAUUAAUAAUUAAUGAUAUACCUUCAGACAAAGAUAUGGUUUGUGACAAAACAACAACUACAGAUUAUGCGGAUCAAAAAUAUUAUCCUAAUAAGAAUACUGAUUUAUACAAUAUCAUAGAGAAUUAUAUAAAUAAUAAAAUAUAAUGAUUCUGAUAUUGUUUAAAUAAAUCUAACAAUAUAUAUACAGUGAAAAAUAUUUGGAAUCAUUUGAAAAUUGAAUUUAUGCUAACAUAAAUAAAAAUUUCUUUUUAUCUUUA